CCAGGCGCGCAGCGCGGCCGGAGAGGCAGCGGGUGUGUAGUGUACACAUACACAGUAUAGUGAGCGCUGCUAGGUAGGAUGGUGGCACCUGGCCUGGGCGCAUUCUGCGCGCUGCUCCUGUUGGCGGUCCAGGGACCCAGCAGAGGGGUAAUUGGCAGCGGAGGAGGCAGCACCCUGCAUCAGAUUCCCCCACCGGCCAGCCACGCCGGACCUGGGGGCUGCAGCCACAGAGACCCGGCAGAGACUGAUUCCGCCUGGGACCUGGAGGAGUGCGAUUCAGCUUUCUUUACCUUCCGUGAAUUGGACUGUGAACCAAAAGGAUCACCAGCAUGUGAAUCCAUCAUUUCACGCAAUACAGAAAAAAUCCUGAGCCAGGCAAAGUCUUUAGCUGAGCAGAAGAGAUUGCCAUUUGUCACAGAGGAUGAUGACAUAAAUGAAGAGUUGGCUAUAGGAUAUGUGUUAAUAGGCAGUGGCUUGCAUGAUGAAGCAGUGAAACAUUUCUCAUCAAUGCUUCAGGAGGAUGCAGAACUUGUGAGUGCUAUUUAUGGACGAGGAAUAGCAUAUGGCAAAAAAGGAUUGCAAGACCUAAAGAAUGCAGAAUUAGCACUGUUUGAACUGAGCCGUGUUAUAAGUUUGGAACCUGAUCACCCAGAAGUGUAUGAACAGAGAGCAGAGAUUUUAUCUCCCUUGGGGCGGAUUAGUGAGGCACUCAGUGACCUGGCUAAAGCUAUCCAGUUACAGCCCUCAGCAAGGCUAUACAGGCAUCGAGGCACCCUGCAUUUUGUGUCUGAGGAUUACGUAGCAGCCCAUGAGGAUUUUCAGCGCUCCCUGGAACUGAACCAGAAUCAGCCGAUUGCCGUUUUAUAUAAAGGUUUAACCUUCUUCCACAGAGGACUGCUCAAGGAAGCUAUUGAAACUUUUAAAGAAGCCUUGAAGCAGAAGUCAAACUUUAUUGAAGCGUAUAAAAGUCUCGGACAGGCCUACAGAGAACUUGGUAAUGUCGAAGCAGCCAUGGAGAACUUCCAGAAAGCAUUGAUGCUGAAUCAGAAUCAUGUGCAGACACUUCAGCUAAGGGGAAUAAUGCUUUACCACCAUGGUAGUCUGCGGGAGGCACUGACCAACUUUAAGCGAUGUCUCCAGCUGGAGCCAUAUAAUGAGGUGUGUCAGUACAUGAACGGGCUUAGCCACGUCUCUAUGGGCCAUUUUUAUGAAGGAAUUAAAGCUCAGACGAAAGUAAUGUUAAAUGACCCACUGCCUGGUCAGAAAGCAAGCCAAGAGUAUUUAAAAGUGAAGUAUCUAAGAGAAUAUUCUCGCUAUUUGCACUCACACCUGGACACGACAGUCACAGAAUAUAACAUUGAUACUGACCUACCUGGGAACUUCAAAGAUCAUUGGGCAAAAAACCUACCGUUUCUCAUAGAAGAUUACGAGGAGCAGCCAGGACUCCAGCCUCACAUAAAGGAUGUUUUGCCACAGAAUUUUGAAAGCUACAAAUUGGAAAUACAGGAGAUUAUUUGUGUAGCAGAUCGUUUGGGUGCCCUUAUGCAAUAUGAAACAUCUGGCUUUCUACCGAACAACAGAAUUCACAGAGCGAUGGGGCUAGCUGCACUUGAAGUCAUGCAAGCUGUGCAGAAGACUUGGGCCAACUCUAAAGUGCGAAUUAAUGGCAAAACCAGACUACUGCAAUGGAGAGAUAUGUUUGAUAUUGCUGUUAAAUGGAGAAGGAUUGCUGACCCUGACCAGCCCGUCCUUUGGUUAGAUCAAAUGCCAACUCAGAGUCUUAUUAGAGGGUUCAACAAUCAUAUAAAUCUCAUAAGAGGCCAGGUCAUCAACAUGCGAUAUCUGGAAUAUUUUGAGAAGAUUCUAAGUUUUAUAAAAGAUCGGAUUCUUAUAUAUCACAGUGCAAAUAAUCCCAGAGGUCUUUCUGAGGUUAAGGAAGCAUUACAGAAUGUUCACAAAGUAGAAGACCUGUUACCGAUAAUGAAGCAGUUAAACAGCAAAACAAGAGAUGGGUUCACAGUGAACACAAAAGUCCCCAGCCUCAAAGAUCAAGGGAAAGAAUAUGAUGGAUUCACAAUAACUAUUACAGGAGAUAAAAUUGGUAACAUACUGUUUUCAGUUGAGACUCAAACAACAGAGGAAAGAACACAACUGUACCAUGCGGAGAUCGAGUCCCUUUAUAAGGACCUUACAGCUAAAGGAAAAGUGUUGGCUCUUUCAACAGAGCUAGGAGAGCCCGAUGUAGUGUGUGAACUGAUUCUGUCAUUGGUGUAUUAUUUCUACAAUUUAAUGCCACUCUCUAGGGGAUCAAGUGUGGUCGCUUAUUCUGUAAUUAUGGGAACACUGAUGGCCAGCGGCAAAGAGAUCUCAGGGAAAAUUCCUAAAGGAAAGCUGGUUGAUUUUGAAGCUAUGACAGCACUAGGAUCAGAAACAUUUAGCAAAACUGCUAAAGGCUGGAUGAAUCUAAAAUCUUUGCCUUCGUCGCAUAAGAGCCUUACUUCGGUCUCAGAAUCGUUCCCUACGCUGAGAGCAAUGAUUGAAGUAUUGAACACCGACUCUUCUCAUCGCUGUGACGAGAAAUCAUGACUAGAUCUAUAUUUGUACAAGCAACUGGCAGGGACCUCUUGCAUAUUAAGUUAUUUUUAUAUUAUUUUCAAAAAGUGCAAUUUGAACAAACUGGGGUCUUUACCACUUUUGAUACUUCUUUUUUAUUUUAUUUUAUUUUUUUAUAUAAUAUAUAAAUCUACUCAUUCGAACUUAAAUUGGUAUUCCUUUUGAUGCUAAAUUUCCCACCAGUUAGUCUGAUCAAAGCGAACUGUGUCAAUUCUAGUGAUCAGAAAGUGCAGCUGCCCCUAGUGUUCAUUUUUGUUUUUACAUUGAUUAUGAUUAUUGAAUUUGCAUACUUUCUGUUUCUAUGGAUUUAACUCUUAUGUCCACGGUACAAUUGGUUGUAUGCAUAUUCCUUUAAUUCUAUACUAAUUCACUAUUAAUUUGAUUAUGGGUGUUACAGGCUAAUUUUAUUGUGGGUGUACGAUUUCAAACAGGAGUGAAAAUAGUCUCUCAAAGUUAAUUCUGCCAUUUGAGAAGACCUGAUCAGCUACUGAAGACAUUGGUUACUUGAUACACAUGAUGAGUGAAAACCAUUGUCAGUAUAAUUUUAUAAAAAUUGAUUUUAAGUAUUUUGAUGUAUUUGUUAUGCUGUAAAGUAGGGAGGCCAUUUUUUUCAAUCCCGGUUAUCGCGAUUGAAAAAAUGUUGAAUCCCGGAAUUCCUGGGAUUUGCUUUUCCCUAUGUGUCCGUCCCGCACACAUAACUCACCAUACAACAAGGGCGGGUGGUUGGGGAAACGUUCGUGUCUCUGUCAGCGGCGGGUGACACCGGACAGUACAGUGUGACCUGUGACUGCACGUCGCGCUUCACAGGGGAGCUGGGAGCUAGGCAGCAUCUGAGUGUCCUGAGGACGCUCAACGCUGCCCGGCUUCAAAUAAACGAAGGGCCACCUGAUCCCUGAAUCCCCGGGAUUGGAGAUUCUAAUCCAAGCCGUUUUUGGGCCUAAAUCCAUGGGUCCCACCGAUCCCUGGAUUGGCCUCCCUACUAUAAGGGUUGGUCCAGUUUGCGAGAUCUUUCCGUGUUUGAAAAGCUAUUCCAUGGGGUUACCGUAUCUGAAACACACCAUUACUUUGUGUCCUAUGCUUCAGGGGGAGGUGUGUCAAAGCUUCGAAAGAGUUAAAAUUGACAGAGAUAAAGUACUAACUGAUCAGUUCCAAACAGCCUUUUUGCUGGUGGUGUUUGAAGAAGGGCAGUUAGGAGCUCUAUGGUUAGUACUUAAUAUAGAUGUGCAGGUUAGGUUUUACUCGGAUCUCAAAAUGACAUCCUUUUGGCUAUUGGUUCUCACGUGUUUUGGAUAACCAAUAUAUUCUGGAUAAAUUCGAACUUGCACUAUUAUGGCAAAAAGAACCAAGUAAUCUGAAUCUGCACAUUUCUAGUAUUUACUCUCUCUCCAAGGUUUUGAUACAUCUCCCACACAGGGGUCUAGUUACUAAAGGUGGGUACACGCUGGAGCGAUUUGUACCCGGCCUAUGUAUCUUUGGUAAUGAAGGCUGGAACUAUUUCUCAUUCCGUCUAUCAUUACACUGCAUGGUGCCACAUGCGAUAUCACCUAGAUCAGCCGUGCGUCAACAAUAUCGCAUGUGACCGUGGGAGUGUGCAGAUCGGCUACACACACUGACCAAUUUGGCCGAUAUGACGUUCCGAUUCGGCCGGUAGGUACAGAAGCAAAACACUGGACAUCAUAAUCUGUUCAGUUAUACAUGUUUCUCUAACGUCCUAGAGGAUGCUGGGGACUCCGUAAGGACCAUGGGGAUAGACUGGCUCUGCAGGAGACA